UAUUGAGCUGUGUAGUGCUUAGGACAGAACCGUUGACCUACAUCCAAGGAGGUUUGAUAGUGAAUUGGGAUCUCGUUGGAGAAUUAUGAGAAAGAAAGAACUACCUCCAGAGAAGCCAACGAUAAAGGCAGAAAAAGGCUGGUAUGCAUCAGGAGACUCCCUCAGAGCGCAGUGCUCAUCUCCUCCCGCUGAUCCUCCUGCUAACCUCACGUGGCUGCUCAAUGGAAGAGAUAUCCAAGGCAAGCCGAUUAUCCAGCAGAGGAUUUUACCAAGUCCCGUGGUAUCAAUAGAUGCUCCCCAUACUUUCAGAAGUACUCCAACUCCUAUAGAUGAACACAACAACAUCAUAUUCAGCCCAUGGAAGGCUUUUGGGCCUUUUGUCGACACCAUACAGGAAGGUGAGCUCCUCCCCAGUCAAGACACCGUGGUGUUACCAUCACCUCGUCAUCACGACAGUUCGAUGGAUGAAGACGCCACGGACCCGAUGCCUACACCAGAAACUUCAAAUAAAGUAGCAUCAAUAAGCCAACUAUCGUUCAUGGUGAGACCAGACAGCUUCGAGCGCGGCCAGCUGCGACUGACGUGCAUCUCCACGGUACACUCAGUGUACAGUGAACAAGCGGAGCUGGUCAUCAAUGAGGAGCGGCCUCAGAUCGCCUCCGUCCUUGGGACUAGGGACGCGGCUGGUCCAGUUGCAGAAUCGCUGCUACUUAUGCUGGUUAGCAGUAUUUUCGCUAUGCGUGACGUCAUACUUAGGAAUAUCCUACGAUGAUGUCUGGCUCCGGACGACUGGGCUGCUCCGAUUUAUAUGUAAAUAAGAGGGAAUUUUUAAUAUAAUAAUUGAGUUUUAAGUUAAAAUAAAAUAAAUAAACAUAAUAAUAUUGUAAUUUAAGAAACCGUUUAACGUAUACGGGUCGUCAGCUAACCGUGGUGAAUUUAUUUUAAAUUAAAUAUUUAAUUAUUGUUAAAUCCUGAGAAUGUGCUUGUAAUUUAUUGCAGAAUUUAUU